AUGUCACCACACGCCCUCUCCUCCGAAAUCUCCUCCUCCUCCUACUCCCCCUCCAUAACCUCCACAACCCCAACCUCCCCCUCCGAAAUCCCAACCCUACUCCACCACGACAACACCACCACCCAAAAAUCCCACCUCCACCGCUUCCCCUCCUCAGAACUCCAAGACCUAGUCUGCAUCGGUUUCGGCCCCGCCUCCCUCUCAAUCGCCAUCGCCCUCCACGACAAAUUCGAAUCCUCCUCCUCCUCCCCCCAACACGCUCCUCCCCGCGUCAGGUUUCUCGAAAAACAAGAGACCUUCGCAUGGCACGCGGGCAUGCUCCUCCCAGGCGCCAAAAUGCAAAUCACAUUCCUCAAAGACCUGGCCACGCUCCGGGAUCCGCGGAGUGAAUUUACGUUUCUGAAUUAUCUGCGGGAGAAAGGGCGGCUGGUGGCGUUUACGAAUUUGGGGAGUUUUUUGCCGUUGAGGCGGGAGUAUGAGGAUUAUAUGCGAUGGUGUGCGGGGAGGUUUGGGGAGGUGGUGGAUUAUGGGCAGAGGGGGGAAGGGGUGGAGGUUGGCGGGGUGAAUGCGGAGACGGGGGAGGUGCAGGAUUUUCGGGUGGUUUCGGUGGAUGUCAGGACGCGGGAGCGGAGGGUUUUAAGGGCGAAACAUGUUGUGAUUGCGGCGGGGGGGAGGCCGAAUUUUUUGGAGUGUUUGCCGGAGAAGCAUCCGAGGGUUCUGCAUUCGUCGCAGUAUGCCACGCAUGUUCACAAGGUCUUUCCGGACGGGACCAGGCCGAGGAGAGUUGCGGUUAUUGGUGGUGGGCAAAGUGCUGCUGAAUGCUGGCAUGAUGUCCCAUCGCGGUUCCCAGGCUCACAGUCAGUGUUGUUGAUUCGGGGAGCUGCUCUCAAGCCAAGUGAUGAUUCUCCAUUCGUCAACGAAGUCUUCAACCCCGACAAAGUCGACGACGUAUUCUCUCAAGACCCUCAAGUGCGCGCUGCUAUGCUCGCCCUCGACAAAGCCACCAACUACGGUGUCGUGCGAAUCGAAUUGCUCGAGCAGAUCUAUGCCGAGAUGUACUCGUACCAACUCCAGCAUCAAAGCGAAGAGGAUUGGCCGCAUCGGAUCAAGAACUUCCGAGAAGUCACCGGCAUGCGCGAUGUCAUGGACAACGGAAACCAAGCCAUCGAACUGCAGAUCCAGAACAACUCCGGAAAGUACUGCGCCAACAAGCCGAGCUGUACAGAGACUAUGGUUGUCGAUCUCGUGGUUGUUGCCAGCGGGUAUAAGAGAGAUUCUCAUGAGGAGAUGUUAUUUGGGCUCCGCGAUCUCAUGCCCGGGGGAAAUAUUGAAGGACAGAAGUGGACCGUCAAGCGUGACUACUCGGUGGAGUUUGCACCUGGGACUGUGCAAUCUGAUGCUGGUGUGUGGCUGCAGGGCUGCAAUGAGAAGACACACGGUCUUUCCGAUACGUUGCUUUCGAUUCUUGCGGUGAGAGGGGGAGAAAUGGUUGAGAAUAUUUUUGGAUACUCGUCAGAGGCGCAGACGAAGCAUAUGAUGGAGAGUUCGGUGGAGAUGAUGGGUGAGUUGGAUGGGGAGAGUAUUCGUCGGCAGGAGUUAGGAAUGGGAGGAUGAAUGCUGUGAGCAUAGUGGGAUGGCGUGCUGGACAGGACUUGUUGAGGAUGCACAGUCGCGGCAACACGGAUUCCAGCCGGGCGUUUGAGGAGCAGAGCUGGUGAUGGCAAAAUGCGUCUAUCUUGUUCACAAGAUCUCACGAUUCAAGCACAUCGGCGAGUACUGUAUGACAUUCCAUCUACGCUUCUUGGAUGGUUUCUUG